AGUCAGAUAAGAGACAGAAGGCCCUGUUGAAACGCUGACAUUUUCUUACUUCCACCACAAAGAAAAAAUAUACCGCGUAGCGCCGCCGCCACACAAGAACAUAGCCAUGGAUGCGGAGGAUGAUUGGAAAUCAUCUUCAGGAGAAGUCACCGAUACUGACCAAAUCAACGAUGAAGACUUUUACUCCACGUCUGCUUGUCUAUCCAAACUGCAAUUCAGGAGUGAUGUUUCCAAGGCUAAAUGGAAUGUUGAGAUGGGAAUGGCUGAAGUUAUUGAAAAGAAGGGGAAAAUGUGGAUUGCUACUGGGAUUGUUCGUAAUGGCAAGACAUUUUGCUUGAUUGAGGAGACAUUGUUUUUGGCCGAAAUUGGGGCAUUGCUUGUUAUGGAUGACAAUGAUGAGUGUCUUGCAUUGAAAGACAUAUACAAGAAGAUUUCUGAAGAAACGAAUGGGUGCAGCUGGGAGCUUUUUGAGGUAUAUAAACACUUGAAGUCUCUUGGUUAUGUUGUUGGGCGUCAUGGUGUUCCUUGGAGUAUGAAGGGUGUUGAGAAUAACAGCAAACCUUGUUCUUCUCAAGGGACUAUUCAAAACAACAGGGUUGAAGGUGUUGAAGAGAACAGCAUUACUUGCGCUGUGCAGAUGCUCAGUAAUUUGCAAGUUGAUGAGCUGAGGCUAAAUUUUGACGUUUAUCUUCCAAAUAGCAAGUUUAGAAAGUCUUCACCCGGUGAUCCAGCCUUUCUGCUAUGCUUAGUUAGGGGAAGUCCACCAGCCAAUGCAAAAAGUGAAGUUCUUGAGAGACAAUGUGGUGGGAUUCCUUUGAAGUUAUGUCAUGUAGAUCAUGGGCGUGUCAGCUUCUUUUCCUUCAAGAGGGUGGAGCUCCCCAUUUUGCCCUGAAUUUCUGAAAGGAUGCGCUAGAGGCUUCUGCAGCAGAUAACAGGAUGCCAGAGCAUAACUGAAGUUUAACAAGCCUUGCAUGGGAUUAUGCCUCCUAAGGCUCGAAGAUCUUUGACUUUUAUGCAAAUCAUUCUCAGAGCUAAGGUUAUACAGUACGCAUGGCAUGCAACUGUUGCUUCUGCUUCUUGUGGAUGAUAUCAUGUCUUCUGAUGCUCUUUGAUCUCUAUUUCCUCGUCAACAAGAAGACAAGCCCAAACUGUAAAGUAUACAGCCUAAGAUCUUUUUGGCAUCUGGAUGCCAAUGUGUUUGAGCUUCCCUGAACAUGUGGAUUUCAACUAGAAAUUUGUCGUCACUAAUGGAGCCACAAUGAUGGAAACUGACAUCGCAAAAGAACACAGAAUGAAACAGCCAGAUGUGGAGAUUGGUCAGUCAAUGGAGAUGGGAACCAUAAUACAUUCUGGUGAUUUAAUGGGUUUUUUUCUCUCCAAAAAGUCAAGACAGCACAUUCUGUCAUUUUUAUAAAUUACUCAGAGUCUAUAUCCCAUGUUGUUAGGAGAUGCAUAUCAGUUUGGUUUUUUCAAUAUUAUCUGCAUCAUUUGUCACUGAUGCACCCUUUCUUGCAAGUCGAUGGCAAUCCAUAGAUAUUAACCCAAGCUUCAACUGGAUAUGUUGUGGCAAUCUCUGUUCCCAUCUUUGAAUGGCUAAUCAUGAUGUUAAAGCUCUUCAUGAAGCUGUUACAACAUCAGAACAGUUCAAUACAAGGAAGUUAUACGUUUCUCA